GAGGUUUACGACCAUCUAUAGGCGAAGUUAGAUGCUGGAUACACUCCCGACAGAGGUGCUGUACAAAGUCCUCAGCCAUCUCGAGGUAGUUGACCUUGUUCAUCUAGAGCGUCUGGCCGCCAACGUCUCAAACGCAACUAUCCCGGAAAUCGCUUGGUUUUUGCCAGGUCACCUUGGUGUCUGGCCAGACCCAUGCCUGCUUUUUGGCAGAUGGAUAUUGGCGAGGACCGAGACCGGUGUCAUCUGUUUCGACGUCGACGCCAGGAUUCCGUACGAGUGUUGGCUGCUGGAGGUCUCCCCAGGGUUCACUUUCGAACACUUGCAUUGUGCCUCGCACACUUGCGCUGAGGGUCAGUAUGCAUAUGCACUCGUCGAGGAAAAAGAGGAUGUUUCGGGCGAUACGACAGUGAAAGUCUUCAAGAUCGAGCUGAAUGAUGACUUUCCACCAAAGCUGAUACCCCUCAUCGACUUGCCAGCACCUCAAUCAAAGCAAUCGAAGCUUUUCAUCGGACCGAAGACCCUGGUCAUCAGCCUGGGAUAUGUCGAUGGGGACGAAUACUUCCAUCCAUACGACGGCAUCUGGGUGAUGGACAUCAUAGCGGAGAAAUUCUACAGAUUGCAGUCCCCGGAACGUAAGGGUGGGUACCCAGAGGGCGCAUUUACUCGCAGUCAGAUUUACGUUGGCCUCACCUAUUUCGUCGUCAUUCUAUACAAACUAUUCGGCUCAACGGAGCUCGUGGAGGCAUUCGAGCUUCCCAUUUUACAGAGUCAAGACACAGCAGAUACUUUCGAGCUCCGUAUUCUCCAACCGUCUCAUAGGUCCCCCGUUCCUCGGGGCUUAUACCUCGCUACCUCGAUCUUUAAAGCCAUUGAUCCACUCAGAGGCUCUGUUUGGUCCGAUGCAUUGACCUUUCCAGCCUGGCUUUGUGACGAAUCCCUCAUUGUCUCGGCUUGCGACGCCAGCAGUCUCCGUCUGGCAGAGGACGUCGACCUCGUCCGUAUUUCCUUCCCUCACUCUCCACCCGGCGGCGAGCCAGCCUCUAUUCACUUCCAACGAGGAUGCUUCUCGGGCAUGCAGAGCAUGCUUCCUGGCGCGCGCUCUUCGUAUUUCUCCGACGACAACACCGCAUUUGACGCCGAAGAGGCCAGGUUCCUUGUGGAGGGAGUAUCCUCCAAGGUUGGCGUUGACGAGACUGAGCUCUUUGGCUUGACCAUAGCCUUCCCGCGAACGGAUGGUAAAGGCUUUCCUCAUUUGAGGAAGAUUACGUGUCCGUCUCAGCCAGUUAUUCUUCAUGACCCCGAAAGUGUCGCCUGUUUUGAUGGCGCUCGGGGGUUGUUGGUCGUCAUUCGGAGGACAAGAGAAGGAUCUGUGCUGCAGAUUAUAGACAUAGCGUAA